AGGAAAUGUGAAAUGCCGCAAGAAGCCGGAGCCGAAGACCGUGUGUUUGUGUUGAAUUUUUGACUAAAAAGGCGAGUUAAUAUCACCAAAUGAGUACUACUAUUUAGUAAUGGCUUUAAUUUAACUACCAAAGAUGGUAGUUAACCUUGAGUCAACCCGGGAACUGACUGAGCUCGUAAAAGUCUGCUCCGGAGAAGAAUGCCUUCGCUGGUUCGCUAGCUAGCUAAACGUUAGCUUUCAGGAUGGGCAACUGAACGCUCGCCGAACAAGCAGAAAAUAUCCGCGUACAAUGACUGAAUCUUGAGAGCGCUGUGUCUCGAAAACGCGGCGAGCAAAGAGAGCUUCGUGUGUGCCUUUAGCUACCUCCCAACCGCGUCGAUACUGUUUACACGAUGAAGAACUGCGAGUACCAGCAGAUCGACCCGCGGGCGCUGUCGGUGUCGCCGUCGUCCGCACAGAACCACACCGGGAAGAGAGCGCAGCGGCCGCGGAGGAAGUGGGAAGUGUUCCCGGGGAAGAACAGGUUUUUCUGCGAUGGACGGAUCAUGUUGGCCAGCCAGAGCGGCGUCCUUCCUCUGACACUGGGCCUUAUUGUUGUCACGUGUGGCCUUUUCUUUGCAUUCGAUUGCCCCUUCCUGGUGGAACAUCUGACCGUCUUCAUACCUGUGAUUGGUGGGGUGCUUUUUGUGUUUGUGGUCAUCUCCCUACUGAGAACCAGCUUUACAGAUCCAGGGAUCUUACCCAGGGCCACCCCAGAUGAAGCAGCAGACAUAGAGAAGCAGAUAGAUACCUCAGGAUCCUCUACUUAUCGCCCCCCUCCGCGAACCAAGGAGAUCCUAAUCAACCAGCAGGUGGUAAAGCUCAAAUACUGCUUCACUUGUAAAACGUUCCGCCCUCCUCGGACCUCCCAUUGCAGCCUGUGUGACAACUGUGUGGAACGAUUUGAUCACCACUGCCCAUGGGUGGGGAACUGUGUGGGCAAACGCAAUUACCGCUUUUUCUACAGCUUCAUCAUCUCGCUGUCUUUUCUGACAUCUUUCAUAUUUGGCUGCGUCAUCACACACAUUACCUUGCGUUCUCAAGUAGGCAAAAGCCUUGUUCAAGCCAUUCAGGAGAGCCCUGCCAGUGUGGUGGAGUUGGUGAUUUGUUUCUUCUCCAUCUGGUCUAUUUUGGGCCUCUCAGGCUUCCACACAUACUUAGUAGCCUCCAACCUCACAACAAAUGAAGAUAUAAAGGGCUCCUGGUCAAGUAAAAGGGCUGCGGAGGAGUCUGGGAACCCGUACAGCUACAACAGUAUUAUAACCAACUGCUGUGUGACGUUGUGCGGCCCCAUGCCCCCAAGUCUGAUUGACAGAAGAGGUUUCCUGCCUCUCGAUGAGGCAACACCUGCUGCCUCUGCCUCGGACAUCGAGCUGCCUCCGUUCAUGGCCAAGAACGACGCGCACAUGUGCAUUCAGAGCACCAAGGACGUGCUGGAGAGGGUGGUCCACUCCUUCGACUCUCACGGCCUGUGCCCCCCUGGCACCCCAAAGACCACCCCUGUGGACCUGGAGGUUCCCAGCAUGGCAGCCCCUUCCCCAGAACCUUCAACCUCCGCUGGCUGCUUGCGACAGCACGCCGGCCAGCCCAUGGCCACCCCUUGCCCCCCGUUCAGUAGAAGCAGCAAGAGGGACUCGCUGCAUUCCAUCAACCCAGCCUUCCGUCUGGCUUCUCCCUCCCCGUCGCUGAGCCGCACCACCUUGAUUCUGGGCAAUGCACCAGACAUCAGCUUUAUUCCACUACACUGAGUACCCCCAGUAACCAUAAGAGAACAGAAGCGGUCAUAGUGCACCUGUCCUGCUGCACUCAGUGCUGCUCUGCAUCUCUGGCAAUGCUUCUGGCUACAAAGACACUUUUUCUUAGAGGUGGUCAUGCUAUGUGUUGCUAUUUGGUAUCUGAAGAUGUCAUUCUGAUGAGCUGAUCAAGCAUUACCUGGAGGGUUUUUAUGUUCUGUGAGUUUUAUCAGCAAUGUCCCACUAUAUACUGCUAUAUGUGUCCUUCAGGAUGGAGGUAAAUCUUAGUAAUACUUGGAAGCACAAUAUAGAGAUAUUUUUUUAACACCUUUUUAUGAAGACACCCUGAACAUGCCUCCACACCUUCCACACAACCUCAAGCCAUACAUCACAGCCGCACUGUUUAAGUUCUUGCUAAUAUCUUAUGCAAACAGGUCUUUAAAUCUGGGAAUACCUUCUGUACAAUAAGUACAGAAACAGAAGUUUAGAUUUGCUGAACUGCCGUGCUCUGGGUAGCGAGCCGUAUCAGGAUUGAAUGGAUGAACUCGAGUUAGCCUUACGUCGUGUCCUGUCACUUCCUGUCAUCUAGAGCUACAUCUUCCCAGUGUCAUCAGGUGGAUCCAGCUUUACAGUAUUUAGAUGAAUGAGCAAUCAGUUGGGAGAGAAGUCAAGGUGCAUAUUUUAUUUUAAAUGUAUGCAUAUCAAGGUUUUUGCUGUAAUCAUUGUCUUGUACGUCAGGUGCUUGUAGGCUAAAUGGUAAAUAUAUUUUCUUUUUGUGAAGUGUGUCACUUUAGGAGACUAUCGUUGAAAGAGGAUACUGAAUGAAUUGUGCAGAUAUUUUUCACGUAUGACUUGAUACUAACUGAAAUAGUUCCUCCACAUAUUUGAUUUAGUAUUUGAUUCAAAAUCAAAUUUGCUGCUGCCUACCCAGGCCUGGACCGCAGGAUUUAUCACAGACACACUGUUUCUUAUAAAUGUGAGUUACAGGAAUGCUUUCAGUAUGAGUGAGCAUCUGUUUUGUCGACUGUGCGUUGCCCAUCGUGAGUGUAGUGUGUAUUUUAGGAAUGUCAACGAGGCCUCUUCACAUGCAAGGCAAGCUGUCAUUUUCAUGGCCGUGACCUUUUGCUCUUCUCGUGAAACUUAACCCUCUAUCCGUUACGGUGGAGUACAGUUUCUUGUGAGAGCAAAUGGCAAGAGUUAGUUUGUGCCACUAGGGGGCAGAAUGUGAUUAAGGAUUGCAGCCUAGUCUAGUAACAUGACAACCAUUUCAAAGAAAGGCCUUUUGAUGUUUUAUUUAUAUUUUUGCAACUGAGUGAAGCUGUACAUAGCUUGUGAGUUUCUGAAGAGCCACUUUGCCAUAGACAGUGGGUCGUUCAUUAAUCAGUGUGCAUCUAGACCCAUAGGUUGUGUAAAAAAUUACGAGCAGUGCUUGUAUGAACAAACUUGUUUGUUUGUAUUUUGUAGGAUGUAACAGUGGAACUGUAACAUUUGGUCAAUAAAAAAAAGCUUUUUUUGGCUCUUA